UACAGGCGGCCUCAGAGCGCGUGCGCACAACGACACUCGACGGAGGCUCAGUGUGGCAGGCUUUAGCUGGCUCAGGAGAUUGUUCAUUGGUGCCCUCAUUUUUUCCUCGUCCUGGACGUAUGCCAAGUUUUUUCUCUUGAUCACUAACCUCCAAAGGUUUACUAAACAUGAGUGAGUCACCUCGACGUAGUGUCAACAAUGGCACUUCACCGCUUCAUGAAAGGUCCCGAGACCCUUCCUUCUCCCGCUCAAGAUCGAGAUCAGUAGAACGUCGAGAUAGCUACAAACACUCCUCUCGGAGGUCUGGAUCACCAAAAUAUCGCGAGGAUCGAUACCGCGAUGACAAAUAUUCCUCCUCGUCACGCCGUCGAUACUCUCGCUCACCUUCAUACUCAAGAAACCGUCGGAGCAACAGGUCUCAAUCAAGGUCACCUAUGUCAAAUCGCCGGCGCCAUCAUGGAGAUCGGGAAGACCCCAGCCCAAGUACUUGCCUGGGCAUAUUUGGACUGAGCCUCUAUACUACAGAGAGGCAGCUUCAUCAUCUUUUUGGCAAGUACGGCCCAUUAAACAAAGUCCAAGUUGUUCUUGAUGCAAAGACUAGUCGCUCUCGAGGGUUUGCAUUUAUCUACUUUGAGCACGUAGAGGAUGCCACAGAGGCUAAAGAACAGUGCACUGGGAUGGAGAUUGAUGGUCGACGCAUCAGAGUAGACUAUUCCAUCACGGAACGAGCUCAUACACCUACCCCUGGUAUUUACAUGGGUAGACCCACAUAUUCUGGAUACGGAAGGCGUGGGGGUGGCGGCGGCGGAGGCGGUGGUGGUGGCGGCGGUGGCGGCGGCGGUGGUGGCGGUGGCCGUUACAGUGGAGGCUACGGUGGUCGCCGCCGCUCUCCCUCACCUUACCACAGAGGACCUCCUCAGCGACGGUCAUACCGCUCACGGUCGAGAUCAUAUUCCCCACAUAAAAACAGACGUGGUGGAUACCAGAAAUAAGCCGAAAAAGAUGGAUGUCGACUGCACUUACAAGGCUUUUUGAGGCUUGAAGAAUGGAGUAUUGGUGAAUAUUGGAAGAUAAGGAAAUCUUAAUGAAUGAGAAGAGUAGAAGCACUGGCCAGAGGCCUUUAGGGAGCAUUGGAGAAGAACUUAUGGCGAAGACAGAACAGGCUGGCAAUAUUCUUCACUCAUUUAAAGUCAACCAAGAAAUGGAUUGUUAACAAGCUAGAAUUGAAAAUUCAUGAAGCAUGUGAAGAUCUCAAACGUUAAGAAUUUACUGAAGCUUGAAGGGGCACUUGGCGAAGCUUAUGAAGAAUUCACUGUUGAUUUGAAGAAGGAAAUAAGGCGGGGAGAGGGUAGCACACAAGAAAAAAAGAAGGGAAGGAAGUACGAAAGGGAAGUAAGCUUGAAGCACGAUCAAAAUCUGGGGCAAGACGAAGGAAGGCAAGAAUUUGCUUCAGAUCAAAAGGGCGUAUUACGUCAUCCUUGUUGACACCACAUCAAUCUCAUCCUCAUGGGCGAGUGUCAAUACUGCCACUGAGGUAAUCAUUCAUCUCCAUUAUGUUCGACACCUUAAGAUAACAUCUGACAAUUUAAUUUACAUAUUUCUUUUUACAAGCAAAAGUUCGUUGCUAGUCAAUUCGGGUUAAUGUCCACGACGAACAAAUUUAAAAAAUUUGAUUAUCAGGUGAACAAAGUUCUUUAUUGGAUUACAGUUCUUCAUUAACAGGGUGGACAGCUUACUUCAUUAGUUAGGUAAUUUCUUGGACCAAAAGUUCUAUCAUCUUGUCUGAGACCGCCAUAAGUAAUUCACGUUAUAUUCUUGACUGAACAGGCGUUUGAAAGGCUUCUCUUUCGUGGCUUCUUUUUAGUUAAAAAGUCUUGGCUCCUUGUAAAAAAAAAAAGAUAUUCCUUCCAGUAAGCCUUUGAGAAAAAAGAUUGCAACUGAAUCAGAGCAUAGAAGAUUAUUAUUGAACCUUGGAAUGAUAAUAAAGGGCACCUUUAUUGUUAUUCUUGGGUGGACCCAACUUGGCUUCAUAAUUUUCACUGUGUACGCCAUUAAAAAAAAACUUGCGUCUGUUUUGAUCAGUCAGUAAGUUUCACAGAUGAAUUACACUGAAAUCAAAGUGGAAUAUUGCAGCCAGAUGAAUACAAUUAUUGCUAAUUUGUCUUUCUUUCCAGAUUUUUAUUUUUAAGUUCGCAACUUGCGAUAUAACAGAAGUGAUUUCAGCUCUGUUCUUGCGAUAUUCUAAAUAUCCUUCUUAGAGUUCCAAGUGAAGUGAUGCAGUAAGUCAACAACAGGAUACCCUCAAGCUUUAUCACCCUUGACACUGGAAGAUAAUCUUGUUUCUGUAAGUUAUCCUCAACGGAUUCUGUCGUAAAACAGGUAAAGUGAAUCUUUGAUAGUACUUUGAAUGAAGUCAUAUUAUAAUGGAUGGUCAGAAUUGCCUAAGCUCACAGAAUUAUUUGUGUGAAAAGUGUUUACUGGUGAUGUAAGAAGGAUACGAGAGGACAAUGGUAGUGUGUGUGUGUUGAGGCAGUGAAGCAGCUGUCAGGAGAGACAACUGAGCUACAUACAUCAUGGAAGAGAAGGAAAGAAUAGGGGAGUGUAUAUUAAUGGCAAAAUUGAUAGUGAUAGGGCAGCUUGGAGGCUCUUUCCUCAUGGUCACCCCCAUAGAAAGGAGUUUUCCAGGGAAGUUUGGCAUUAUAGAUGAUUAAAGGAAGGUUGCAUUUAGGAGUGAUUGAUAAUAAUUCUUGUUCUUGAUUUGAGCAGAAGUGAAUGACCAAUUGAUAUAAUGUGUUAGAUGAAGUUUUGCAAAAGUAAUGUGGCUGAAACUGUCUCGAGGUACAGGCAUAGGAUUACAGGUAACCCUCGAUUUGUGAUGGAGUGGUCUUAAAACAUCAUCGUUAAAGCAAAAUAUCAUAAAUCGGGGUUUACCUGUACUGUACAGUAUAUGGUGAGUGAUGGGUUGGUGAUUUCUGGUGCUGCAAACGAAGGCACAGCAAUGAGAGAUUGAUGUAGGCAAUGAAUUGGGGUUAGUAUUUAUGGUAGCUGACUAGUGAAAUUUUUUCAAGUUUAGGUGAAGGACUGUGUAUAAUGUACAUACAUUCCUCGCCAUUGCGUUAUGCGCGAGUUGGCCGAUGGGAAGUGAUCUUUGCUGAAGUGUCUCACACCCCUCCAUACCAGCCAGCUGGGGGCUGAGGCAGGCCCUGUUGUUUCUUUGAUUUUUUUUUACCACAAUGGGCAAGAGGAAAGAUUUAGCAAAAGAGCAUGUUAAUAUUAUGCCUGUGUAGUUAUUGGCAUGUAUCCAUUUGUUGACUUUUGGUAAGGAUUAUGCGUUGAUAUGUUUGUUAACAGUAUUACUGUAUGUAUGUGUCAUGAGAUCUUUAAUUUUGUAGUUUUAUAGACAAAAGUAUUGGAAUGAUAGAGAGGUGUGUGGAGUGUAAUUGGUUACAGGAUGGUCAAGGUGAUAUAUGAUUGGUUACAGGAUGGUCAAGGUGAUGUAUGAUUGGUUACAGGAUGGUCAAGGUGAUGUAUGAUUGGUUACAGGAUGGUCAAGGUGAUGUAUGAUUGGUUACAGGAUGGUCAAGGUGAUGUAUGAUUGGUUACAGGAUGGUCAAGGUGAUAUAUGAUUGGUUACAGGAUGGUCAAGGUGAUGUAUGAUUGGUUACAGGA